UUUGCGUACCCUCGAAGCGUCAUGUCUACGUGUGGAUUUGACUACGAGUUCGUUGCGAAAGUGCCUAGAGAAUAUAUAUGUCCAAUAUGUGAAUGUCCUAUGCGGGGACCGGUGCAGACGAAAUGUGGCCACAGAUUUUGCAAGCGGUGUCUAACAAAGGCGAUGAAAAGCAAAAGAGAAUGUCCCAUUGACCGCCAAUCUCUUGAUUUACGUUUUAAACAGGACAUAUAUCCAGAUGUUGCCACUGAGAGGACCAUUUUGGAUUUAUGUGUGAAAUGCCGUAACGAAAAAAAUGGCUGUAAAUGGACUGGAGAACUCAGGAAUAUAGCGGAACAUGAAUCUAAGUGCAGUUUUGUAGGGGUAAAAUGCACUAACAAAGAUUGUGAAGCUACUCCCUUGAAAAAAGAUCUGAAUUAUCAUGCAACAAAGGAAUGUCCAAAGAGGAAUGUAGAGUGUCACUACUGUAAAAUUUUCUUUGUUUGGUGCAAUAAACAGGGACAUUUGGACGUGUGUACGAAGUAUCCGAUGGUUUGUCUUCAAAAAUGUGGUGAACUCAAAAUUCCAAGAGACAAGAUGAAUGAUCACAUUGAAGAAAACUGUCCCCAUACCAAGGUGGAGUGCACAUUUGCUUAUAUUGGUUGCAAAAUAAAGGUCCAAAGGAAAUCCAUCUCAGAUCACCUAAGGAAAUGUACUGAAUCCCAUCUAGAGUUGGCUUGUGGGAGGCUUCAGGAACUUCAGGUGUCAUCAACUGCGAUUACUGCCACUGUUGAAAGAAUGCAAGCUGAAAUGGUGACAGCCUCGAAAAAGAUCGAGGAAUUAUCAAAUGCAGCUCAGAAAAGCGAGGGAGUUCAAGAUCUACAUGAAAAGAUUACUCUAACAAAUAAGAAAUUGAAAGAACUACAAACUAAAAAGGAUGUCUUUGAACUUACCUCUGGACUUGAGGCUGUGCGUGCUGAAGUUGGUGUCAUUAGGACACAAAUGGAGGCGCUCUCCGAAAAAGACAAAAAGUUGGUGGAACUCCGUGAGGCAGUCAUUAGUUUGCAAAAGAAAAUCCAAAAAAUUGACAGCCAGCAAGUGUCACAUGGAGACGUGUCCAAAAUCAAAACAAAACUCCAAAACCUCCAAAAAGCAUUUACUAGUUUGGAAAAUCAAACAAGUAGCAAUGUUGAAAUUGUGAGGGAACAAAUCGACUCUGUCCAGUGGAAGAUCCAUGCAACUGUUUGGUCGGAUAGGAAACAAAAUCAAUCCCGUUUGGACGAAACUGUUAAAGAUUAUUCUGCUAGACUGGAUCAAAUGAAACACUUCAUUGUUUGUGUCGUCAUCAUAGGUAUGUGUUUCCUUCACUCGAUUUCGAUCUCAUCAUUUUCAAGCAAAGAGGAAUUGAAAGUUCUUCAGGCUUCAAGUGCAGAGAUCAAGCAGUUUGUAUUUGAAAACACACACUUUCUCAAAGAUGAGUCAGCAUGCCAAAGCAUCAAGUUUUUUUGGUCGUUCUCCAACUUCAGGUCGCGUUUUGAGAAAGCGAUCGCUGCUUCACAGCGUUGUUUUUUCAGUGAAUCAUUCUUUGUGGAGCCAUACGGGUACAAAAUGCGCCUUACUAUUUGCCCAGAUGGACCACCAGAAAUUAACUUUCAUCUCUCUGUGUAUGCCCAAUUACUUAGAGGUAGGAAUGACGACCAACUAGUGUGGCCUUUCCAGCAGAAAGUGGUGUUCACCUUAGUCGACCAACAAGAUAAUACAUCUAAGACUAAAAACAUUAGAAAAGCUCUAACACCUACAAGAAAGGGCAUGCCAAGAUGCCAGCAAUUGAAGUUCGCCAGACCCUCUAAAUCGCAUGAUGUGAAUAAUGACGUAUUUGGAAUCCAUAGGUUCAUUUCCCAUCUCGACCUUAAAAAAAGACGUUACGUACGCGAUGACACAAUUUUGAUUCAAUUCGAAGUCUAUCCUCCCCUCUGUGAUUGAAAAUGUGAGACCACAGUGUAGCAAAACCAUAUACACACGUAUACGUUCAUUGUACACAAAUGUGAGCUAAAAAUGUUCAAUGGUUCUGACCACGCUGACAGUGCGACAGCUGCGAGGGGUAAGGCCACAAAUAACUUUAAGACUGUAAAAAGAUUGAAUAAGUUUUGCAAAGGGAGGGCCAUCCAAUGUUUGAUUACGUGUGCGCAAGUUAGACUACAGAUUUUUAAGGCAUUUUAAAAUGUAGUUUAGUGAUUUGAGAGCACUGAAUUAGCUUUUCCACGAAACAGUUAAAUCGACUGUGGGCGCUGCGGUAAGAUUUCUGAAGCCCAAAGCAACAAGUCGGUGAGUUCUUUUUCGAAAAGAGUCAAGGUCAAAGCUACUUGCUUCGUUUGGCCCGUGCCGCAGUGCCUAUGAAAAGCCUGUUUGGGGAAAGUGUUGGACAAGACGGGGUGUGUCUCCUAGUAGAGUAAACGACCAGAAGCACGAAAAGUGCGGAGUAAGGACCUCUAAAGUGGGUUUUGUGAGAUAAAUAUUCUCCAUAUAUUUGACAUUCUAGUAGAUACGAAAAGUAAAGAUUCACUGUAAAUUUUAUAGUAUGUUAAAAGACGCCUGGUAAAUAGAUUAGAAAUCAUCUGGCAUGUAGCCCAAUAUUAAAGGUUCCUACAUGUUUGCACCAUCUGCUAUAUAUUACUGGACAGAAGCACAACAACAUAGAAUCUCUGUAUUUUAACAUAACUGAUAAUAUGAAUGGAAUUCACUCGUAGAGUAAAAGACUUAUAGGAAAAAGACAAUCGUGAUUACUAUUAAGUUUUAAUUCUUAAACUAUUUCAUUACCAUAAUUCAUGAUGAAUAUACCACUGUAAAUGUGCAUUUUGAACCACUUUUCAUUAAAUCGU